GUUAACUUGUUGGGCAGGCGCUCCACGCCGCGGUUUCUGGAGACCCUUCGUCGCCUCCCACUAUAAGCUGCCGUUCCCACAAACCCGUGGGCACCCAUUGCCGCUAAUCCCCUCCCGCGCGUACAUCUCUCACGUCGAUCCGUUUCAUUUGCCCCUCUUUCACCAGAAAAACUAGAAUCCGAUCGCCUAGAGAGCUCUGUCUUUGCCAUGGCGAGGGUUCUGCGGCACGCUCGGGUUUUUUCGAGCAGGAAAUCGGCGCCGUACACGCUGGUGCUUACAGUGCUUCUGCUGCUCUCGGUGGUCCUACUCAUGCUACUCGGCCUGGGUAUCUUUUCCCUUCCCAUCGACUCCAAUGACUCCCCCAAUGGUACCCGCCGCGCCGAUAGAGAGAUUUCCAAUACUGAUGGGAUGACAAAGAGAGGAAAACAGUGGACGGAGUUACUUUCUUGGGAGCCCAGGGCUUUCAUCUACCAUAACUUUCUUUCAAAAGAGGAAUGUGAACAUCUAAUAGAAUUAGGAAAGCCUUAUAUGGCGAAGUCUACCGUUGUUGAUAGUAGCACUGGCAAGAGUAAAGAUAGCAGAGUGAGAACUAGCUCUGGCACAUUUCUUUCGAGGGGACUAGACAAAACAGUUAAGGCAAUUGAGAAAAGGAUAGCUGAUUUUACCUUCAUUCCAGUGGAACAUGGGGAAGGGCUUCAAAUUCUACAUUAUGAAGUAGGGCAGAAAUAUGAGCCUCACUAUGACUAUUUUCUUGAUGACUUCAAUACCAAGAAUGGUGGUCAAAGAAUUGCUACUAUCCUCAUGUACCUUUCGGAUGUUGAAGAGGGUGGUGAGACAGUGUUCCCUGCUGCAAAAAAAAACAGCAGUGCUUUACCUUGGUACGAUGAGUUAUCAGAAUGCGGAAAGAAGGGCCUUUCUGUUCGACCUAGAAUGGGAGAUGCUCUACUUUUCUGGAGCAUGAAGCCUGAUGCAACUCUUGAUCCAUCGAGUUUACAUGGUGGAUGCCCAGUGAUUAAAGGGAAUAAGUGGUCCUCUACCAAGUGGAUGCAUAUUAAUGAAUAUAAAGUUUAGCAAAAGGAAUUGCAGAGCUCCUUUAACUGGAACAUGACUUGUAUAACAGUUCGUUCUUUAGCCGUUGCUUUCAUGCAAAGCCACUGUAGUUAUCCUUCAGUGCAGGUUAUGUUAAUCCAACAAAAUAAACUAUACUUGACAGCAUUUUCACCGAGGCUUAGUAUCGAAAUACUUCUCUGAAUAGCAUACUGUUGUACUAGAUCAGGUUGUUGGUUGGCAUUUUAUUUUAUUUUAUUUUAUUUUAUUUUUUUGUUUAGUUAUACAGGCUUAUGGUCACAUGCACAUUAUGUAAUGGAACGUGAAGGCAUGAAUUAAACUAUUUAUAUUCUUAUGUGGUUGGUUUUGGUUUAA